UCACCACCUGCUAUGUCUCUAGAGUCCAUCACAACAUCCCUCUCGAAACUGUCCAUCUCCCCGGCCGCGACCGUCUCGCAUGGCCCGACCAACUCUCCCCAGUCCUGGCGCGACGCUCUCCAGGCAAGCGGGUCCGCCCCGCAGGGCUUCGAGCUGAUCAAGACGCUCGUGUACAAGCCCAAGACCGCGAAGACCGCGACUCCUGUCCCCGUCUUUGUCAUUGCACGAGAAAGCUCUGAUGUGCCAUCAGGAACGCUCGGGAAGCACCUGAACCUGAAGGAGUUGCGCCUCGCUUCGGAAGAUCUGCUCAAGGAGUUCUUCAACCUCGACAAAAACUCUCUCUCCCCCCUCGCUAUCACCUCAGAAACAUACCCCAAAAUCACCACCGUCAUCGAGUCCUCUAUCGCUUCCUCAACAUCUGUAUUCGCAGUCCGCGGACUCUCGUCAGACUCAACCGUUUUCCUGUCCGGCAAGGAUCUCUAUGCAUAUGUCAAGCAGUUCGCAGCCGGAGGUGCCCCCACACUGCACGAGGUCGAUGUCGCCACCCUCCAGGCUACCGCAGACAGUGCCGCCGCUGCCGUGAGGACAUCGGCCCCCGUAAAGAAGGAGAAGGAGGAGGCCAAGAUCGAGGGUGCGGUCCAGAUUGCUAUUGGGGUGAAGAAGGAGGUCGACUUCCCGACAUGGUACACCAACGUGCUCAUCAAGGCCGAUAUGUUGGAGUACUACAACGUCUCUGGGUGCUACAUCCUCCGUCCCUGGUCAUAUAGCAUAUGGGAGACCAUCCAAGAAUGGUUCAACAGCAAGAUCAAGGCAAUGGGCGUCCAGAACGCCUACUUUCCCAUGUUCGUCUCCGCCAAAGUCCUGGAGCGCGAAAAGGAUCACGUUGAGGGCUUCUCUCCGGAGGUUGCUUGGGUAACACGAGCAGGCAAGUCAGAACUUGAAGAACCGAUCGCUAUCCGUCCCACCUCCGAAACCGUUAUGUACCCCUACUACGCGAAGUGGAUCCAGAGCCACCGCGAUCUCCCCCUCAAGCUGAACCAGUGGAACAGCGUCGUCCGCUGGGAGUUUAAGAACCCGCAGCCCUUCCUCCGCACGCGUGAAUUCCUGUGGCAAGAGGGCCACACUGCGUUCCUCACCAAGAAAGAGGCGGACGAGGAGGUGCUCCAGAUCCUCGACCUCUACCGCCGCGUGUACGAGGAGCUGCUCGCCGUGCCCGUCAUCCCUGGCGUCAAGUCCGAAAAGGAGAAGUUUGCGGGCGGGCUCUACACGACGACCGUCGAGGGCUUCGUGCCCACCACCGGCCGCGGCAUCCAGGGCGCGACGUCGCACUGCCUCGGCCAGAACUUCUCCCGCCCGGAGAUGUUCAACAUCGUCGUCGAGGACCCGGCCGACCCCUCCGGCCAGGGCAAGACGUACGUCUGGCAGAACUCGUGGGGCCUCUCGACGCGCACGAUCGGCGUCAUGGUCAUGAUCCACGGGGACAACCAGGGCCUCGUGCUCCCGCCCCGCGUCGCCGUGCUCCAGGUCGUCGUCGUCCCCUGCGGCAUCACCGCGAAGUCGACGGACGAGCAGCGCAAGGCGGUCAACGACGCCGCGGCGGACCUCGCCGCGCAGCUCAAGGCAGCGGGCAUCCGCGCGCAGGCCGACCUGCGCGACGGCUACACCCCCGGCUACAAGUUCAACGACUGGGAGCAGAAGGGCGUCCCCCUCCGCCUCGAGAUCGGGCCCCAGGACCUCGCCAAGUCCCAGACGCUCACCGCGCGCCGCGACACAGGCGCCAAGGCGCCCGUCCCGCUCGCGAACAUCGCGCAGACCGUCUCCGCGCUGCUCGACACGAUCCAGGCGGACAUGUUCCGGCGCGCGCAGGAGACGUACUUCGCGCGCCUGCGCGAGGUGCGCCGCUGGGAGGACUUCGUGCCGACGCUCGACGACAAGUGCGUCGUCGUCAUCCCCUGGUGCGAGGCGGAGGCGUGCGAGGACGACAUCAAGGACCGCUCCGCGAAGGCGUCCGAGCCGACGGACGAGCGCGCGCCGUCGGCGGGUGCGAAGAGCCUGUGCAUCCCCUUCGACCAGAGCAGGUGGCCGAAGAUCGAGCCUGGGGUCACCAAGUGCGUCGGGUGCGGCAAGGACGCGAAGCGCUGGACCUUGUUCGGCCGCUCGUACUAGGCGCACUGGCCUCCGGGAGGUGUUACUAUGGGGGACGACGCAGCGACCGGUUUGGUAGUCAGUAGAUAUCUUUGACAUGUACACGUACAGUAUUGGGCACGGGGUCGUCUGUUGUCAUUGCGAAUAAGACCAAAUGUUGCAUCACUUGGCAGUCGAUGACAAGUACCUAUAUAGGAGUAGAGAUUCACCGCGAACCACAGUUCAU